CGUUUACCGGCGGUAGACCAAUGGAAGACGUUUCAGUACUGAGUGUCAGGUGUGGGAUUAUGUUAUCCAUCCUGCCGCCAGGUAGUCUAGCUAUAACCUCAAAACUAGACAUUUUCUCCUUCUUUGGACUCUUAUAGCGGAUGGCAGAUCUCUGGCGCUUCCCUGCACUUCUCACAGUUAUCUGGGGAUCUGUCGGAAUCUUCUUGUACGGAAUCUUCUUCACAGACCACGGAGAGAAGGGCUUCCCCCAUGGAUGUGUUGACCCUGCGUACUGGUGCUACUACAGCCUGCUGAUCCCAGUCACUGCGCCCAUGGCUGUGUUCUUCCUUUUUCUCAACUGGCUGGGUCUCAAGUUCUUCAGACACAACUAAUGCACCAGAGACAAAACACCCUUCUAGACUGAGGAAGGAACU